UGGUGCGACAUUUAGGGAAGGCAGAAAGUAGGUCAGGGACGGAGGUGCCUGUUUACCCGCGCCGGACUCACCGCCGCCGCCGCCGCGGGAUCCGAGUGGGGGCGCGGACGCGGGCGCUCCCGCGAGCCACGGUGGUGCUGGCUAGAGUGCACGCAUUUGGACCCAAGCUUAACUUUUCAAAUGUGGAAUCCUAGGCCUUCACUGCGUUCCCAGCCUCGGGCAGGCAGACAUCAAGACGGGCCAGUGGCCGCCACGUGCUCAAGUAGACAGGGCUGUGUUUCCGGAAGAAGUUGACUGCCCGAAAGGAAACUGCAAAACAUGAAAGUCGCUUUGAGGUGACCGAUAAGCCCCGUGGCCCCUUGCUUCUCCCGCAGUGGAUCUGAGCUUUAAGAACUCUAACUUCAGAUGAAGCAACUUGAGCCCAGGGAGAGGGAGUGAGCGCCCGGGUCACGUGGUGUGGAGCUCGGCCCGUCCGCGGGCAGUGCGCGGCCCUCUCAACUCGGCUUGGACUUGGAGUCCCUCGCAAGGUCCCGACCUCCAAUGGCCGACCAGAGAAUGGACAUUUCUUCAACAAUCAGUGACUUCAUGUCCCCGGGCACCACCGACCUCCUCUCCAGCCCCCUGGGCCCCGGCGGCACGGAUUGCAACCGCAAGCGGAAAGGCAGCUCCACCGACUACCAACUUGAUGACUUUUCUUUUGAAGAAAGCAUGGACACGGACAAAGAUGACCCUCACGGAAGGUUAGAAUAUACAGAGCACCAAGGAAGGAUCAAAAAUGCAAGGGAAGCUCACAGCCAGAUUGAAAAGAGGCGUCGGGACAAAAUGAACAGUUUUAUUGACGAAUUGGCGUCUUUGGUACCUACGUGCAAUGCCAUGUCCAGGAAAUUAGAUAAGCUCACUGUGCUAAGGAUGGCUGUUCAGCACAUGAAAACAUUACGAGGUGCCACCAAUCCAUACACAGAAGCGAACUACAAACCAACUUUUCUGUCAGAUGAUGAAUUGAAACACCUCAUUCUCAGGGCAGCAGAUGGAUUUUUGUUUGUCGUAGGAUGUGACCGAGGGAAGAUACUCUUUGUCUCAGAGUCUGUCUUCAAGAUCCUCAACUACAGCCAGAACGAUCUGAUUGGCCAGAGUUUGUUUGACUACCUGCACCCUAAAGAUAUCGCCAAAGUGAAGGAGCAGCUCUCCUCCUCGGACACGGCGCCCCGGGAGCGGCUCAUAGAUGCAAAAACUGGACUUCCAGUUAAGACAGAUAUAACCCCUGGGCCGUCUCGAUUAUGUUCUGGAGCACGACGUUCUUUCUUCUGUAGGAUGAAGUGUAACAGGCCUUCGGUAAAGGUUGAAGACAAGGAUUUCCCCUCUACCUGCUCAAAGAAAAAAGCAGAUCGAAAGAGCUUCUGCACCAUCCACAGCACAGGGUAUCUGAAGAGCUGGCCGCCCACAAAGAUGGGGCUGGAUGAAGACAGUGAACCAGACAACGAGGGCUGUAAUCUCAGCUGCCUGGUCGCAAUUGGACGACUACAUUCUCACGUGGUUCCACAGCCGGUGAACGGGGAAAUCAGGGUGAAGUCUAUGGAAUAUGUGUCUCGGCACGCGAUAGACGGGAAGUUUGUUUUUGUAGACCAGAGGGCAACAGCUAUUUUGGCAUAUUUACCGCAAGAACUUCUAGGCACAUCAUGUUAUGAAUAUUUUCACCAAGAUGACAUAGGACAUCUCGCAGAAUGUCAUAGGCAAGUUUUACAGACAAGAGAAAAGAUUACGACUAAUUGCUAUAAGUUUAAAAUCAAAGAUGGUUCUUUCAUCACGCUGCGGAGUCGAUGGUUCAGUUUCAUGAACCCUUGGACCAAGGAAGUAGAAUACAUCGUCUCAACCAACACUGUUGUUUUAGCCAACGUCCUGGAAGGCGGGGACCCAACCUUCCCGCAGCUCACAGCGUCCCCCCACAGCAUGGACAGCAUGCUGCGCUCUGGAGAAGAUUCCUUUGUUGUAGGUGGCCCAAAGAGGACCCACCCCACUGUUCCAGGGAUUCCAGGGGGAACCAGGGCUGGGGCAGGCAAAAUAGGUCGAAUGAUUGCUGAAGAAAUCAUGGAGAUCCACAGAAUAAGAGGGUCAUCGCCUUCCAGUUGUGGCUCCAGCCCAUUAAAUAUCACAAGUACACCUCCCCCUGAUGCCUCUUCUCCAGGAGGCAAAAAGAUUUUAAACGGAGGGACUCCAGACAUUCCUUCCAGUGGCCUACUACCAGGGCAGGCUCAGGAAAACCCAGGUUAUCCAUAUUCUGAUAGUUCUUCUAUUCUUGGUGAGAACCCUCACAUAGGCAUAGACAUGAUAGAAAACGACCAAGGCUCAAGCAGUCCCAGCAAUGAUGAAGCAGCAAUGGCCGUCAUAAUGAGUCUCUUGGAAGCAGAUGCUGGGCUGGGAGGUCCCGUUGACUUCAGUGACUUGCCAUGGCCGCUGUAAACACUACAUGUUGCUUUGGCAACAGCUACAGUAUCAAAGUGCAUUACUGGUGGAGUUUUACAGUCUGUGAAGCUUACUGGAUAAGGAGAGAACAGCUUUUAUGUACUGUCCUCAUAAAAGCCACCUCAGAGCCAUUGAUACAAGUCAAUCUUACUAUGUGUAACUUCAGACAAAGUGGAACUAAGCCUGCUCCAGUGUUUUCUCAUCAUUGAUUAUUGGGCUAGCUGUGGAUAGCUUGCAUUAAUUGUAUAUUUUGGAUUCUGUUUGUGUUGAAUUUUUUAAUCAUCGUGCACAGAAGCAUCAUUGGUAGCUUUUAUAUGCAAAUGGUCAUUUCAGAUGUAUGGUGUUUUUACACUACAAAGAAGUCCCCCAUGUGGAUAUUUCUUAUACUAAUUGUAUCAUAAAGCCGUUUAUUCUUCCUUGUAAGAAUCCUUUACUAUAAAUAUGGGUUAAAGUAUAAUGUAUUAGACAGUUAAAUAUUUUUAAUAAAUGUUUCCCUUGUUCUAUAAA